AUGUGGGAACCUGUGGAGGCCAUAGAGACAGAUGGGGGCUGUCCCUCCAGGCCCUUCCCGGCGGCGGCGGUGGAUGAUAUCCUGAGGGAUGUGGUGGGGAGCUACCUGAGGGAGCAGCCCUACGAGCCGGCCCGCUGCAGGGACAUGGCGAAGGACAUUGCUGAGGUUAUUAAAGCUCGGGUAAAAGACCUCGUGAUACCGAGGUACAAGAUUGUUGUGGUGACGUAUAUCGGGCAACUGAAUGAGCAGAGCAUGCAAAUCGGAAGCCGGUGCCUGUGGGAUCCCGCCAGCGAUACAUUUUCGUCGUACGUGUUCAAGAACACUUCGCUGUUUGCUCUCGCCAAUGUCUACGCUGUCUAUUUUGAAUAG